GAUGUCGAAGUAUUAUUUAUUGUGAUUUUGAAGUGCUGAGUUGUUAAAAACUUUUGUCCCUGUCACGAUGAAUAAGGGUGGACCUGGAGCAAGAAGACCCAAAAUAGGACCAAGAGGUCACCUACCACCAGGAGACUUCAUUGCUCUUGGCAGCAGAGGCUCCAGGACUUCAGAAAGUGAGCUGAAGCCUCUUCAGCCAUUGAAACCUUCCCAGCCACUCAAACCACCACAAGCUAUGCCUUCAAAGAAACCAGUUGGGUCAUCUCUGUCUGACAGGAAGAGGGAGUCCUCUACUCCUCUUACUCCCCUGGGAGGUUCUAAGAGGCCAAAGCUGUCAUCUCCCACAUAUCCUCCCCAUUCCUUUAAAGGUGGAGAUGGAGAGAGCAGCAAGAGACCUGGAAAUAGUGUGCAGUCUCUGUCGCAUGGACAAGUUACACCCAUUGAAGUGAGUGCAUUAGAACUUGAAGAUCAGGUCCUUGAUGCAGAUGCCACUGGUGACAAAUCAAGAGUGGAGGCUCUUCUAUUAGGAGCCAUAAAAAACCUAAAAUUAAACAAAGCCAAACCAGAUCAAAUGAUGAUCAUGAAUCUGAUGUACCUUGCAAAAAGCAGGCCUGAUUAUUUCCUCUCCAAUAGAAUUUUUGAGGCACUGACAAGCAUCUUAAAACGUGAGGGUGGUUCCUUGAAUAUCAAACCAAAUAAGGGAUCAAAUGCUUUAGUACCAAUGAUGGCCUGCAACAUUCUGCUUUACACCUUCCAAGAGGAAGAUGACUGGCCAGAGUCAUUUGUGAAAGUCUAUGUUGAAGAUGCUUUAGGAGACAGGGUAUGGGUUGACAAUGAACAUUGUCGCAGUUUUGUGGAGAACAUAUGGACAGCGUUUGGGACCAGAACUGUGCCACGAACACUGUCACGACAACAUAGUGAUCCCACUGGAAAGCAAGUAGCAACUGAACAGACUACAGCUGGUGGAGCUGCUGGAGGGACAAAAGAGGAAGAUGAAGUUGUUGAGGAAAUGGAAACAUCAACAACACUUGAGGAGGAUGAUAUUCCAGUUAUUUUAAGAUUCAUGUCACCAUCUGUUAAGCACAACAUCCACACAUACAUUCUAGAAUUAGUUCAAGAUCAACUAACAAGACGGCAGACAUUGGAUAGUGUUACUCGUAACCUUCUGAAGCUGCUGACAGUAACUUGCGGCUACAAUCAUAUCAGAUUGUUAGUGUCUCAGAGGCUAGAGAUGUGGCUGCAGAAUCCCAAGCUAACUCGUCCAGCUCAAGAGCUGCUUAUGUCUCUUGCACUGAACUGUAACACACACAGCAGUGAAGAUGUUGAAGUGAUAAGUAACCUGGUCAGAAUGAGACUGAAGACCAAACCUCUGGCCAAUCAUUAUAUCAACUGCAUCAAAGAAUUAGCUAAUCAGCACACGGAGAAUUUAGGAACAGUGUUGAAGUAUGUGAUCUACAAUGAACUGUCCAAUGCUCGCAAUCCUAAUAACAUGGUUUUGCUUAGUACUCUGUUCCAGAGUAACCAAGAAAAGGCAGCCAAGUUACUGGCUAUGGUGUUUCAAGACCUACUGACCAACAAAGAAGAUUAUUUAAGAGCCUCACGGUCCUUGUUGAGAGAAGUUGUCAGAGCUCUCAGACAUGAUGUAGACUUUGUGGCAUUGUGUCGCGGAUUCAUGAAGGAAAGAACUGAGACUCAGUUCAGGGAUCUGGAUGCUGCCAUUAAGGAACGCAUGUUACUUUCCCUGGCAGAUCUUAUCACUAUGGCAACUUUUCUUAGUAUAACGCCCACUGUCAAGGAAUCAUUCAACAGUGGAUCUGCAAGAGGGGAAAAAAGAGAUACAUCAGUACUUGAGGAGUUUCACAAGUCUGUUUCCACAAUCCAGCGUGAUGCAGUUUGGUGGUUGCACAUUGUUGUCCCUAAAAUGUUCACUCCAAGUGGAAAAGAUUUCUUAUCAUGCAUGAACAAAGUGCUUUUCCUCGAUCCAGCUGAGAGCUACACUGGAAAAGACAACUGGCCUCCGGAGAAUGACAAAAGUUUGUUGUUAAGCAUUGUUAGUGAGGUACCUAUACAAGAAGAUACACUAAUGAGGACCAUUAUCAUUGGCCUCUCUAACGAGCUGCCACUAACACCUACUGAGACCCUUGAGAUAGCAGAUUCAUUGGUCAGGAGAGUGGCAGCAAUCAAACUACCUUCUUCCUGGAUGCAAGGAUCACAGUCAGGAGAUGCGUCUCUCUCUGUGAAUCGUGUGGAGCUCUUGGAUGCUGUUCUCAACCUUUGUGCUUAUCAUCAUCCAAAGGAUAUUAUUCUUCCCUCAGGAUAUGCUGCCCCAAAGUUAGCAAUUGCUAAUCUGUACUGGAAAGCCUGGAUCUUACUUGCCAUAGUUGCUUCUCUCAAUCCCUCUUCAAUAGGACAAUCUGGAUGGGAUAACUUCCCAAUGCUCAAAUGCCUGAUGGAAAUAUUGAUGACAAACAACUUUACAUUUCCACCACCAACCGCUGCUCUGACAAGUGAAGAAAAAGAUGAGAUACUUUCUCAAGAACUUCAGCUGGCACAGGCAGAGAAGGAAGAAAUCCUUUUGUUUGAGUCACACCUGGCUGCAGCCACAACUAAAGUGGCCAUAACAGAAAGUAACAGCUUGUUGCUGAGCCAGCUGAUUAGCAUGGACCCUGUAGGACCUGCCCGACGUCCCCCACAGAGUGUUAUUGACCAGUUAAAAGCAACAAACAAGAGUCUUAAACUUGGUCAGAUGUUAUGCCGCAGUCGCUCGCCCGAUUUUUUAUUGGAAAUCAUCCAAAGACAGGGUGCAUCACAGAGUAUGCCAUGGCUGGCAGAACUUGUUCAGUCCUCUGAGGGUUCACUGGAUGUUCUUCCAGUUCAAUGUCUGUGUGAAUUUUUGCUCCUGGAAAAAACGGGCGAGAAUAACAAAGAACAAGAUGAAGGUUACAGCAAAGAAGUGCAAGACAAGAGAGUUGAUAUACAACGCCACGUCUUAGGACGACUUAGGUCACUGUUGUUUGGUACUGAAGCUGACGCCGACUCCACAGGUGAAGUGUUAGAGUAUUUCAUGAGAAGAUUGUCAUCUGUACAAACGGCAGAGAGGGACUCGGCUGUUAAGGGCUUGGAACUAGUUCUAUCCCAAGAUUCUGUCAAGGUGGGAGAUCACGUGACUGUGGUGUGUGAGGAGGAGCUAGAGGGUGAUGCUAUGAUAACCACCAUGGAGGAAUUGUUCUCGCCACCAUUUCCGACAGCCAGCGCCAUAGCCAAAACUUACAAAUGGCUGUUGGUUAACCUACCCAGUCUGCCGCACUUUGAAACUGUCAGAGCCACUUGCUGUUUUGCUUUGAGACAGUCAUGUCAAGUUGAGAUUAUUUCUGAGAGAACAAAGGCGUAUCUGAUGUUCCUGGCCGAGAAUUGCACCGACAAUGGCGAGGAAGAGUUCUUAGCCACAGUUAUUGACAUUGCACAGUUGAUAAUCGAGCGACCGACCAUAAUGACUCCAGUACUUGGAGAAGGCCCCACUGCACAAGAAACUUACCAAGCACUGUUGAGGCUGUACACCAUUGCUUUACAACAAGCCAUUGAUAUGCAAGAGGGGAGCUUCUCUUGGCAGGAAACACAAGACCAGUUGUUUGUGCAGUGGUCUAAGGACACAGAGUUUGCUGGAAAGGCAGCCACUUUACACGUGUUGGUAAUCCAUGCUAUGAUUGUGUUGCUGACUUACGGAGAACCACAAGGAGAUGUUAGUCUAUUCUCUACUUUACUGAAUGCCUGGUGCCCUGAGUAUGGACAGGUCAAGGUUUACCUGACAGACACGGGAGAAGAGGUCAUUCUGCUGCAAGAGUGGCUCAGACUGCGCAUGAUCAGGUCCCAGGUCUCGAGAGUGGUCGAUGCUGCUUUAAGUGAGUUGAUGCCGUCGCAACUUGUGCUGUUUGCUCAGUCGUUUGGAAUCCCAGUCAGUAGCAUGAGCAAGCUUCUUCAACAGCUGGACAAGGCGACUGAGGAGGACCCUGUAGGGAUAGAAGAAGCAGUGCUGGAUAAAGGUUAUAUGGUGCAGCUUGUUGAGGUUCAACAACUUCGUGGUGCUAAAGGUGGAGAUUUGUUUUGCUGUUUACUGACCGGAGAAACACCGGAAAAGAAAGACAACAGCAAUUUGGCAGCGCUUGAUGGUGGAAUCACUCCAUUACCGUUGGCUACUCUGCCAGAGAUGCCAAGCGCUAAAGAGGAAGCCAGGAGUGUCGCCGAAUCGUCUACCAAUAAGCAGAUUGCAGAUGAGGUGUUAAAGAUUUAUCUGUCACCCGAGGUCGAAAGUUCAAGAGAACAUUGCAGCAUUGAAACUCGUGUUAAAAAGAUACUGACCAAAGAACUGAUCAACGCAAACCGAGGGGAAAUUCCAGAGGACUCUUUAGCGGAACAAAUCAUGCACAAGUUUCUCGCCGUUAUGGAUUGUGAUGAUGGCCAGAGAUUAUUGGAUGGGAUGUUGAACAAGACAGCUCUAUCUUGUUCCAUUCUAAGACUUUUAAGGUCUAGACAGAUGGCAUUGAAAAGGAAAGGAUUUCAUUGUAGUUUUUUUGACACCAUAAGUAAAUUGUCCAGCCGCAAUCUUACAGAUGGUCCACUAAGUGCUGCCAUUUCACAGUACAAGAAACAAUUAGGAAUUAAAGAACAGACACUAUCAUCUGGAAAUGUCCUUGAACAAAUUGCGUCAAGUGAAAAGGUUGAUUAUGCUUCUUUGGUCAGACAGUUUCUGUCUGCUUGUAAACAUCGUAUGGUGAAGCCAGAUUCCAUCAGUGUGGAGACAGCAGUGAAAGCUUGUUUGAAGCUCAAGGAAGCGAACUCUCCGCUUUACGAGGAUUUCCUGAAGGCCAUUACCAGAACGCUUAUUUCUGGUAGAGGUAAGAAAGAUUCUGAUUCGAAUACGGCGGUAUGGACACCACAGCAGUCUCUUCCCUUGAAGACAUGCUCAGAAAUCCUCGUCAAGCUACUUAAAGAGUCUGAUGGAACAGACUCGUCCCGUGACCACUUGUCCAACGGUUUGUUGGUGGACUGGUCCGAGAUAAUAGAUCCAGAAGUUGUCCACAUUCACCCUCUGUUGCAGCGUCAGCUUCUGUUCCAGGACAGAGAGAGCACGCCCAGUGGGGACAGGUCGCUGACCGGUCACGAGGAGCGUUCGCCGUCCACGUAUCUCUUGAGUUUGUUAGCGCAUCAGGCAUGCUGGGAAACAUUGCAGGACUGUUUAGAUUGGCUUCUGGGUCAAGAUGGCAAAGGAAAAAGGCUUAAUCCAACAACCGCUUUGGAUUUUGUGUGGACCUGCUUCCAUUGUCCUCGACUUUGGCAAGGCAGAGAUCAAAAGUCUACUGCUGUGGGCAGUCAAGGAACCAAUUCUGCGGUUUUUGAAAAGCCAGUCCUUGAUUUGAGCCCGCCUCAGGUCUCCUCGCUCACGGGUUUCAUUUUGCUCGAGCUUUCUACAAGUGUUGAGGAAUUAUGCGAAAGAAAAGGUCCCAGGUACAAGCGUUUCUUUGAAGAGAUGAAAGAUGGAAACCCUGUUAUAUCGGGAGAAAUCAGAGAGGAAGUUGAGCAAUUUGCAGCUAAAGUGUUAGGGAGGAGACUUCAGUUAAUCACCCUCUGUUGCCAUGGUGACAAAAAGAAGUUUCAAUGUGCAGUCAGCUGUGCUUUGAACAGUUCAAGAUGGUCGAAAUGGUUCACAGCUCAGUUUUUGGUUCAGCUUUACCUCGCCCAGCCAAGGGUGAUGCGAUAUAUUAAGAACUUCCGGUCCCUGACCACUUCCGCUGUUGUUAGUCAGUCACGCCAUUGUCAGCUGGAUGUUCUGUGCCACCGUGUGUUGUCGUGUUUGGCUGAGUCGAAGCCUGGUAAGGAGUACGAAGACAGAGCUUACAACUCAAGUCUACUACUGAAGAAACUGGCUUGUGAGCAUCCCAUGCUCUUAUUAAGGCAUCUACCCAUGAUUGCUGCACAGCUCAGAGGCCGCGUACAUCUAAAGCGUAAGGAGUUUACCAAUCAGCAACAUCUCCUCGUCUUCUCCCACGUCUUGGGAGUUCUGGAUCUUCUAAGGCCGCAUAUCUUCAGAUCUGAUAAGCUCACUCAAGAAGGCUUACGGGACACUUUGGAAGCUUACUUUGGCCUCAUUCAGGGCGAGUGUCUUCAUCACAAAGAGCUGGCUGCAGUUGUUACAAAGUUGAUGCCUUUUCUUCAGCAUUUCUGUGCAGAAUGUCCUGAUCAAGCUUCUACUGUUCUUCAGAAGAGAGGCUCCUUGUUUCAGGACCUGUUACAAGAGUUCCCUGCUCUCCCUUCUCUACAAAGUGUAGUGAGCGCCAUCUCUCUCUCCUCGAGCCCGCACUCAGAUGACCCCUUGAACCACGUCAGCGUUACUCCAGGACCCUCAUCUGAAGGAGCUCCGUCAAGUACACAACUGAAGGUCCGGUCUGUUAUUACACUACCUGAGAACAUCUUGUGGUCUUCAGCACAGCUCGCUCCUUUUGUACAACGGCUUGCUCCUGGACAACCCCUUGAAGAUGUGUUGAAGGUUCUUGGGGAUUUAGAUGAAACGUCUAAAAGACGAGUGGACAUUUUGGAUUACUUUGUGCCUCAUCUGGUUCGACUCCUCUCUGAUGCAACGAGUACCUGUCGGACCCAGGCCCACACUCUUCUACUGCGGCACAUUCGGCAGAACCCAGGGACGGCUGUUACGUUUGUAGAGACCUACAUGGAUUGUCUUAAUUCAACUGAACCUGACGUGAUUUUGACGGCGUCGAAAUUCCUGCCCGAGUUCAUCGUCCUGUGUUACGAAUACUCCGACUCAUUACUUCAAAAGAUGUUUUCUUUGGCUGUUUACGAAGCCCACGAUGUUGGAAUUCCCUUGUUGCAAAGCGUACAGCUGCUGAACUUACAUUAACAUAGCACCUGCUCCGCAAAACUGUGACCAGAAACAAUUUGCAAUUUUAUAGUUAUCCCCCUGUUUUCCCUUCAACGGACUUCUAUUGGCAAACCAUUGAGAGUCGAAGACUCUUGAAAUUUUUUAUUGUUAAGACUGAUCACAUUGUAAAUUCUUCUUUUGAUUUCAACACACUCACAGUUCAGCAGAGUAGACACGAGAAGUAGGAGAAUUAAGAUGGGCAGAGAAUGCUGUCUCUAGUCUCAGGACCAGCCAAUAAAUAAAUGAAUAGUUAUCAGUUUGGCGAAUUUGCGCUUACAUUUCACAAUUAUGUAGCAGAGCAAUAGCAUUCCAGCUGCCCCCUUGCAAUGAAACAGAGUUUUGACAGACGGAUCAGUCUGUUACUAUUGUCAAUGAAAAUUUUAGAAGAAUUGUAUUCUCGUUUGGUCUCGCAGUGGGUAUUUACAUUCGACUGCGUCUCGCUAAAAUAUGAACCAUGGCUCGACCAAACUCGCCUAAUUCCGCCGAAGCGCACCAACAAGCUACAGUCAGUUGUUCAUAUUUCUAAUUACUACUCUUAUGUGAUUUGUUUCGUCUUAAUUUUUAACCAGACCCCGUUGAUUUAGUUAUACAAGAUUACGAAAACCCGGUUUUAUAUAAGCCCAGCUGUCCUGUUUUUGUUUUUUUUUUACGUUAGCAUCCAAACACCCACAGCUUGAGACUUCAGCUUAUGAAAAUGCUGAAAACGCAAUUACAAGGAACAAGGAAACAAACUGUGAAAGUCCAUAGCAAUCGUGUUAUUUUGGGGGCAGACAACUUUUCACCAGCAGUUUUUUUUUUUUUUAUCUCUUACUUUGCCAAGAAUCUUAGCAAACUGUAAAAUUCCGCUUCAAACUUUUUUCUCCCAUGUCAAAGUGGCCUUGGACACCAAUUUUAAUAAUAUAAUUACAGGCAUUCAAUUCUGUGCGAAGUACCGUGACAAAAGCGGAUUAAAUUGAUUAGCGCCCAAGGUGCUUUCGAAUGGAAAGAUUAAAUACGUGUGUGUGGGUGUUAUGGAAGUGUCUUGGUAAGGUUUGUUUGAAUGUGUUGUAGGACCUUUGUUUACGUAUGAAAGGUGGUAUUAGGUGAAACAAGAAAGCAUACGUCUGUGCGAUUAUCGUACAACUGUUGUUGGUUUUUUUGAUUAGUUGAUGAAAUAAUGCCAUAUAUGUACUAAUAAAACAGUUUUUGGAAAA